AUGUGCCGUUCGUUCACGUAUGCACUUGCGGCACUUGCGUCCGCUGCAUUCUCACUAACGCAUGCGCACACGAAUCUGCUCCUGAGUACCCAGCCCAUGCAGGACGCGGCGAAGGAGCCUGUGAUGAUUUCGCCAUCAGACGCACAUCGCGUGCUGACGCAUCACUUGCAGGUGGGAUCGAAUGCACUUCCGGAUGUACGCUUGCAUACUGCCGAGCACGAGGAUCUUUGGCAUCACCUGCCUGUGGACCAGGCGCAUUACGAUGCGUCGAGACUAUUUGAGCCAGAAGCGCCACGCCGCGGAAAUGUCAUGGUGAUUCUGCACGGAGCAGUAGAAGAUGAUGGAAAUUCCAAACUUCCAUCUGAUUUGUUCCCCGACUCCCUCACACAUACGCAUUCCAUUCCAUCGCAUACGUCACCUUCGCGUGAGAGUUUUGAUGCUCUUGCGGCGCUCUACGAAAAGACUGCGAAUGGCGUUCACAAAGCAUGGGAUGGUGCCAAAGAAGGUAUGGUUUCAUCUGUUGAGCGCCUGCGCGCUGAACUGGCAGACAUUGUCGGUUUGGCUAAUUCCGAAUUCAUUGACCUUGAUGCUCUCACAAGCGCACGAAUCCUGGCAUUGGAUGAUGUAAAGCAAGAAUUUGGUGCGCAAAGCUCCACAUACAGGGAGGCAAAGCAGCAGGUUAAGGAGACUCUAGAGCAUCUCGUUGAGCGUGUUAAGGACUUGGCAGGCGCGGGCGUCGCAGUUGUGCACACGUCAGGCGCAGACUCGCAUAGGCGACGUGCCGUGCCACAAUACAAUGUUGGGACGUCAUCGCCCCUGACCACACCGGCGUCAUCACAUGCAUCUUCGCCUCUGUACUAUGGAGCAUCACCACCACCACCACCACCAGGUGCAGCAGGGUCGUUGUCGGAAGCGUUCGACCCGCUUCAUGCAUUCCGCCCCGUUGGCCAUGUGACCACGAUGCAAGGCGCUGCCGCUUCCGUAGCCGGAUCGACAUGCCCGGCGUCGGAGCAGGAGUUGAGCAAUAUGACAAAUCACUGUAAUGGACAUGGAGUCGCUGUGCAGUCAGCAAAAGGUGGCCGUUUGUGCUGGCGAUGCAAAUGCAUGAGGACGACUGAGCAAGGCAUGACCCGUUCCUGGUCUGGCUCUGCGUGUGAAAAGCAAGACUGGGCGCCUGAGAUGCUCUUGUUCCUUGGCACUGCCUUGGUCUUGUUUGUCUCUAUCCUAGGAAGCUGUGCUCUGCUGUACCGAGAAGGCACGCAUGAGCUGCCUGGAACUCUCUCAAGUGUAUCUAUCCGUACAUAA